AUGUCUUCUUCGAUUCUCCUCACCAACGCCACCAUCCUAGUUCCCUCUGGCGAGGGAAAGGACUAUGUGCACCCACUGCGCCAGCACUCGCUGCUGAUCGAGGGCAACAAGAUCUCACAGAUCGCCCCGGAGAUCAUACCACUCGCGUCGGACACGCAGGUCGUGGACUGCACAGGCAAGAUCAUCUCGCCUGGAUUUAUCGAUACGCAUCACCAUAUGUGGCAGACCCAGCUCAAAGGCCGCCAUGCAGACCAGACUCUUCUGGAGUAUAUGCCCACCGGAAACCUCCAGCAAGCCAACUACACACCAGAGGAUGUAUAUUGGGGACAACUGGCAGGCUGCCUGGAAGCCCUAGAUGCGGGGACUACAACGGUCGUGGACCAUGCCCAUAUGAACGUCUCACCUGCUCAUUCGACCAACGGCUUGGAUGCGACAGUCGCAUCCGGGAUCCGGUCCGUGUUUUGCUACACGCCUACUACGAAGUUGAAGGCGUGGAAGCCAGAAUUCGUCCCCGCAGACGACAUGCUCGGAGACUGGGUCUUGCAACAACUCGAGGAUCUGUCGAGGUGUGCCCCAUGGGGCGAUGGCCGAGUGCAGCUGGGACUAGCCUUUGACGGGUUCUUCCUUCCCAAGGACGCCGUGACCGGGCUGUAUCAACGCGCUCGAAAGGCAGGCAUCCAGCUCAUCACCACUCACUACGUGCGCGGCUAUUUCAGCCCCGACAUCCUCCUGUCGCACGCUACAAACCUCACCGACUCGGAUGUGGAAAAGCUCACCAAGAGCAAGGCAUGGAUCUCGUCGACGCCCGAUACAGAGCUGCAGAUGGGCCACGGCAACCCCGUGUGUUUCCGCCCCGGCUGUUCGGAUAUCAGCUCCUUGGGAAUCGACUGCCACAGCAAUAACUCCAGCGAUAUUAUCACACAAAUGCGACUGGCGCUUCAGAGUGAGCGGGCCCGUCGGAAUGAGGCAGUCAUCGCGGAAGGGAAGAACCUGCGUUUGCUCGAUCUGUCGGUCCAGGAUGCGUUCAGGCUCGGUACCAUCCAGGGCGCACGUGCCAUCCACAUGGAGGAUCAGCUGGGGUCUAUCGAAGUCGGGAAGUUGGCGGACCUUGUGAUCUUUGACGGUCGAAGCCCUGGGAUGAUUUGUGCUGCGGAGCAGGAUCCUGUUGCGGCGAUUGUGCUUCAUUCUUCGAUUCGAGACAUCGACACUGUCAUCGUUGAUGGAAGGAUCCGUAAGCUGGAGGGGAGGUUGGUGCCUGUGGAUAUUGAUCCGGUCUUUGAGGGAGUUACUGUUCCCACACAGAGUGCGGAUUGGGGCGUGGUCGCGCAGGAGCUGCUCGCCAGUCGGAAGAGGAUCGAGGCAGCUAUGGUGAAGGCUGGUGCGAACGAUUAUGAGCAUCUCAUGGCUGCCACGCAAAGACUGGCUCUACAGAAACUUCCCAACCAUGGUCUGAUGCGCUGCCCACGUCCAUUUCCCCCGCAACUCCGGGCCCUCACUUCCGCCCCCGCUUUCAGCUCUCGAGCCCCUCGCUACAAGAGAUCGAGUUCGCAGAUUCAGCACGACGAGACUGUCCAUAUUGAGCACCCGGUCGCUACCUUCGCGCAGCUGGGUAUCGGGCGAAAGACUAAGAUCUUCCUCUUCGCGGUUCUGGGCGUGUUUGGGACUAUGGAGACGUGGUUCUGGUGCGAGACGAUCUAUCGGUGGUGGAAAGGGGAUGCGAAGGAGAGGUGA